AUGAAAGCGAUUUUGCUUUGGAAUAUUCUUUUCGGUGUCCUCGCGAGCGGCCUAGCUAACGAUUCACAUCUCGAAGGAAACGAUGUCAAUGAGGAGAUCAAGAGUAGUGCUACCCACCACUUGUCCAAGAGGGACAUCGACUUACAUGGCAAUUUCCCCGGCUUAGGAGGAAACGACCUAGCAGGAAAGGUGUUCACGACGACGGGGAGUAGAAUUACCCAGAGUAAUAAUGUGCUUCCGACUAGGAACCGAAAAGCGUUAUCGUUUAUCGAUAAUCCGAAUGUUCAACAGAAAGAAGGGAUCAAUCCUGCCCUUCAAGUGAACCCAUUACAACAAGCUAUAAAGAAUAAUCGGGCCCUGUUGGCUUCUGUAACUGAAUCCAAGGAAUCAGAUCACUUGCCCCUCAUUCAUGAGAGCGUUGACGUAAAGCACACACCCCAGGAUCCCCCGUCAAGCGAAAAGGAUUCGGUGAACGCCGAUGCAACUGUCAACCUUGCUAGGAGGGGACUUGUCCGCCGGUCUCUCUUUGAGCAGCAACUGUUGGAAAAGAGAGAACUGAAAAGCGCAGCUGACACCGAAUCAUCAAGAUACUUCAGCUUUCAAGUUUCCCAACGGAACUUGGGAGAAUUCCCGGCUCUCGGUGGAUUGAGAGGGACGAUCGCCUCACAGGAGGCUUGGAAAGCUCUCACCGAAGCCAGCAAGUCUUCUUCUGGACCCAAAGAAUCAUCAGCUAACGAUCCAAGUAAUGUUUCGCAGAAACCAUCCGGUCCACAAGCUUCUGGAAAGCUUGUGUUUCAAUCUGUGGAAUGA